AUGCCUCUCCAAGUACAGCACGUCGACUUUUCCGACGGCGACGAGCUCGCCCUCGUCGCCGCGCUCUCCAACGUCGACAACCAGUUCAACAAGGCCGCGCACCCGAGCCGCUCCUACGACGAGGAGCUGGCCGGCAGCAAGGAGCGCUGGCCCGCCGUCUACGGCUACGAGGCGUGGCACACGCUCAAGGUCGUCGACGCCGCGACCGGCAAGGCCGUUGCGACCUCGCGAUGGAUCGUGCCCCCGCCAUACAAGGCGCACCUGCCCGCCCUCACAGGUAUACCCGAGGGGAUGGAGCUGCCCCCGCGCAAGCCUCCGACGACGCUGGAUCGAGACUUUUUCGGGCGCUACUGCGACGAGCUCGAUCCCAUCGAGGCGCGGGAGAUUGGCGAGCGUCCGAGUCUGCGGCUGGACUUGAUCGGCACAUUGCCCGAGUACCGCAGUCGGGGCGCGGCGAGCCUCAUGCUGCGGUGGGCGGCCGACUUUGCAGACGAGCACGGUUUGGUGAGCCACUUCGACGUCGCAGGGCCUGUAGAGACGGUCUAUGCGAAGCUCGGCUGGGAGGAGAAGGGGUCGUUUGAGGUGGCUCGCGGCGAUGGCCAGAUGGUCGCGUUUACGGUUAUGGUGAGGGAGCCCAGGAUGAGCGCCAGCUGA